AUGCGAGAUCCGUCUGCUCAGUCCUUUACUUCUCUCUAUUCUAACGCUCGCACUUUUCUGCCAUGGGGCUCUUGUCGGUGGGCUCUGCGUUGCCCAUUCCACUCCCACGCACUGCUGACGCUGGCGACACCUACCGCCCUCGUGAGAGAUCUCGCUCCCCUCGCCGUCGCUCCAGAAGUCCCGGCAGACAAGGACGUCGCAGAUCUUACUCCCCUCGAAGCAGGUCCAACAGUCGAGACGACUACCGACGUGGUCGCGACCGCUCCCCGAUGGCUGGCACAGGAGCUCCUGGAGGCGGCCCUCCCGCUGGCUUCAACGAUGAUGUCCAACGUGCGUGAAUCCUCCCAGCAGGACCGCCGAGUCUACGUUGGCAACCUUUCGUACGAUGUCAAAUGGCAUCAUCUCAAGGACUUUAUGAGACAGGCUGGAGAUGUUCUCUUUGCCGACGUAUUGCUGCUUCCUAAUGGAAUGUCGAAGGGAUGCGGGUAA